CCCCUCGCGGGCAGUGGGACCCCUGUGUGCGAGGGGGACGACGGGGCAGCUCCCCGGGCAAGGGCGGCGCCGUGAGGGAGCCUGGCUCCCCGGCCUCUCUCGCGCCCGGAACGUCUGGAUCCAGGCCGGGUUUCCGCGGCCGCUGGGUGUCCCCAGUGCCAGCCCCGCCAUGGCGGCGGAGGGGAAGGAUCCGCUCGGCUACUUCGCGGCCUACGGCAGCGACAGCAGCAGCUCCAGCUCGGACUCCGAGGGCGACGAGCCGCGCGCCGCCGGGGGAGAGGCGGCCGGGGUUGCUGGGGAGGCGGCCGGGGGCAGCCCGGGCCGGAAGCCGCGGCUGCCCGGGCCCGACGAGCUGUUCCGGAACGUGUCCCGGCCGCCGUCCUUUCUCUAUAACCCGCUCAACAAGCAGAUCGACUGGGAGCGCCGGGUGGUGCGGGCGCCCGAGGAGCCUCCUAAGGAAUUCAAAGUGUGGAAGAGUAAUGCAGUACCACCACCUGAGAUUUACAGUAUUAAGGAAAAGAAGCCGCCACCACCUCCUGAGCUUGAUAUGGCAAUAAAAUGGUCUAACAUAUAUGAGGACAAUGGAGAUGAUGCUCCACAGCAAACAAACAAAGUUAACUUUUUACCAGAAGAGGAGCAAGAGCCUUCAGAAUCAGAUGAUGAAAAAGAUGAACCAGCUUCUGCUAAGAAACGCAAACUAGACACUGGAGAAGAGACUAAGAGGAAGAAGUAAUAAGCAGGAUGAACUGCAUUUGGCCCACUAUGGACACCUAGUGAACUUUGAUUCAUCUGCUGAAAUGGGAAACAAAUACACUUUCACCUAAUUUAUAUCAUAUGUUGUUUAGAGAUUUUUUUAUUUCCAUAGAAUAUUUGCCACUUGGAAAGCACAAGCGUUCAUGGAUCAGUAUUGUGAUAAAACUUGUAUCCACUGAACAAAAAUUAAGUCCAUGUAAUCAAUUGAUUUAAAACACAAUCUUUUAAAGUAUUUGAUGAAUAUUUGUGCUCGUACAGGUUAUAAGGCUUUGUGGUAUUCUCUUUAUCCACAAACUUGUGAUGUGAGCUUUUCUCAGCUGCCCUGCCAUCGUGCUAAAACCUUUUAUAAAGGAACAUAUUUUUUAAAAUGUUGGUUUAAGUAAUGUACUGUGGUACAUGUUUAAUCAAUGCUGUUUUGAAAUGUAUGUAAAGAGUGUAAAUACGUAGAUGACCUGAAAUUAAAACUACAUGUGAAAAUGUAUAUAGCUUAGCUGUUUAAUAUACAAUGUAAUGGACAAAUUCUAUACUGUGUGUUUUAGCAGUAUGUUAGACGCUUGACAAAUUCUUCAAGGUUUGAUGUGUAAUAAAUUGAGAGUUACUGCUUCAUUUAGGACACUGGCCUUCAAAAAUGUACUUGAAAAGUGGAGUUUGCUUUGAAAUCUAUGCUGGAUACCACCAUGUUGUUGCCUGCAGCAGUGGCUUAUGAGGUUAAAUGAUGUGAGGAAAAUUGUCAAUAUUGCAGAAUGGGGUCAAUUUACGUAUUCUUUAUUCUCAAAGUGGAGAAGAAAACUGACAUGCAUGCUAAAAACAGAAGUUGUCAUGGCUCAACUUCAACACACCAUGAUUAUUGUCAAAUGCAUCUCCUUCAGUACAAAAUAGCAAUAUGAAGCUCAGGUGACUCUUAUACAAAACCAGAAACAGGAGUUCUGCAGCAAGCAAGCCAUCUGUUUAUUGCUCGCAUUGCAGAAUCUAGUCAAGCAAUAUGCCCUCCUGAUUCACAUCUUUUCAGAGGGCUUUAUGCAUAUCUGAGAAUAAAUAGUGCCUAGGACCAUUGCAAUCAGAAAUGAUUCAGGUUCAACGGUAGGAGUGGGACCGUGAUUUCACAGGGCAUAGCCACACACUAUGACAGUUUAGGAACUGUGGAAUGCUGCAGCCAUUUGAAAUUAGAAUGUAAAUACCUAAUUGUCACCAGCCUCCCAUAGUGUGAAAUUGCCACCUGUUUUAAUAAUCACAUAAGGGAAGAAAUUCAGCUUUAUGUUUAAUUCAAAAAGAGGGUAUCUCCUACAGCACAAUACUCUUACACCUUAGCGAAGACUGCCAUGGCUUUAACUGACCUAGUACUUCUGUCAACACCCAGAUUACUUAUGCAACUACUGAUCUAGUCUGACUCUGGGUACUGUUAGUUAAUGAGACUAGGUGGUCUCAUUAAGCAUUCUAUUUUUGAGCCUAUUAAGCACCAUUUACAAAAGUGGGGGGAAAUUUUAAUGUGUUAAACUUGAAGCUGGUGUCUGUGAAUGAUCAGACUAGACCCAACCUUCUCUGUUCAUCCUCAGGAUCACUGGAGUUGGGGGUGUAUUCUUCAAAGGAUGUGGUGUUAUGAAGAAUCCUUAAAUCCAGGUCAAGGAGGAACUUCAGUUUUGGUUACAAGUAUAGAGAGAGCUGGAUUGGAAGAGUGAUACUGAGAUUCUCUUCAGCCAUGAAAUCUAAUAGGUCAGUUUCGUGGGUGUGCUAUUCUGUGCCCUGUGGUCUAGUUAGCAAGGUUCAGGACCCCCUCUCCUGGGUGCUAGCUGAUCUAACAAGGAGGUUUUGGAAAUUCUGCCUUAAUUACCCGAUCCCAGUAAAUACAGAGAAUAUCCUGAGGUUAGCCAAGAUGAGCUUAUUUUUUAUAUUAGAGAGAUUCAACCUGUUCAAACCUCACAGUUGUCCAAGGGAUUGACUAAUGUUUGGAUCCUGUAACGAUCUCUUUGCCUGCUGCCUGAAAUAGCUGAAACAAUUCCAUAGUUGUCAAGUAUCAGAGGGGUAGCCGUGUUAGUCUGAAUCUGUAAAAAGCAACAGAGGGUCCUGAGGCACCUUUAAGACUAACAGAAGUAUUGGAGCAUAAGCUUUCGUGGGUGAAUGCCCAAUUCAUCAGACGCAAGCCAUAGUUGUAGUUUAAAGCUAGGGACCCUGGCAGUAGAUGCAUGUCUGCAGUGGUGGCAUGACAAAGAGGCUUUUGUCUUCAUAUCAUUUGCUUCGUUACCCUAGUAGCAACUUGGGCAAGGAUCAGUAUGUGAUGAUGGUACUUACCAGUGACUCCUGUUUGGCCUUGGAACUCUGAGAGUAUAAUGAUAUGGUUAAUAUCCAGACUUAUUGAAACUAACAGCUUCCAACCUGUUUGGCGGUUAGUGGCAGAAACCAUGUCUAACCUGGAACGGGGGUUAAUUAAUAAUAUUGCUAUGUUGGAGGUUGGGUGAAACCUUGUUGAAGCUGGUGCACAUGAUAGCUGUCCUUCGUUCUGGAUGAAUAUAGGAAGCAACUUUUAGAGUAAGGUAGCUGAAACAACAGAAGCACUACUCAAAACACAGACCAACAUGCAAGGCUGCAGCCAGUCAGAAACUGAGCUCUGUGAACAGGUGUGUGUUGCUGGGAGCUGAAUGAAAAUGUAGGAGGCUGAGUAUUGAUUGGUGGAGGUGUGUGUCUGCGGUCAGAAGCAGCCAGCAAGAGAAGCACUGGUAACAUAGUCCUGAGAGAAAGCUAAGAGAGAGAACUUCUUGGGAAGGUGGCUGGCUGGAAAGAGGUUUGGAACUGUGAGCAAAUAAAUUGCCUCUUGUUUGAUUCCUACCAUUUUCAGAGAAAUAGGACUUUGUAUAUUCUUUGUAAAUAAACAAGAUGGCAGCAAAGAAAUAUCUGACUCUAUUAUCAAUUUCUCUUUCUAAGGGAAACAACCUGCCCUCCUCCCCAGUAUUGGCUAAGGACUCAAGUCAGAAGGGGUAACAAUAGUAUUUAGCAUGUAUCUCUUCAUCUUUUGAUUUGUAAUACUAAUGCCUAGGUCUUAUAUAGCACAUUUCAUCAAUAGAUCUGAAAGUGCUUUACAAUGAAGGUCAAUAUCAUUAUUCCUAUUUUACAGAUGGGAAAACUGAAGCACAGACUGAUUAAGUAACUUGCCCAAGCUUACGGAGCAACCAGUGGCAGAGCUGAGAAUACAACCCAAAUCUCAAGUGCUAGCUGAGUGCUUUACCCAUUAUACCAUUUCACUGGCCUGCUGGGUGAUCUUGGGCAAGUCACUUCACCUUUUUCUACUUCAGUUUCUCCAUCUGUGAUAUAGGAUAAUGGAGAUGAAUGAUACUGACCUCCUUUGCAAAAACAGUUGAGAUCCAGUGAUAAAAGGUACUAUAUAAGAGCUAGGUAUUAAAAUUAUUAUGCAUUGCCAGGUCCCCUGAUCCUACACUGGCACUUUAGCCUCCUUGCAGUUUGAAGGUAGAGCCACAUCUGUCAGUCAGUAUCUCAGAAAUAUGUUUCAGCUGUUAAAGAGCCACAGAGCAUAUGAACCAAUUUUCUUUUUGAUUACUUCAGAUAUUUUGAUAUCCAUAACCUUCCUCAUAAAAAUAACAAGGGGAGGCUGGACCUGUCUUGUCUGAAGAAAGGAAAUGUUCCGGUGAGCAUGAAUAAAUACUCUAUUCCUCAAGAGAUCCUACAAUGGGAUUUUGGCAGGGAGAGCUGUGAAAUAGGCAAGAAUCCUGUGAAUAAAGUCCUAACACAGGGAUAGGGAAGAUGAUGAUAUAAGGAGUUGUCUACGAAAGAAGCCCCUCUGUUCUGUCACCCUAAGACUAUCUUCAGUUACAAGGGUCCUGGAUAUUUCUCAUAGCCAGUUUUUAUUGGAAGCAGUUUUCUCCAUCAAGAGGAGUGCUAAAUUGGCAUCUGUGUUUCACGCAGAUGUCUGAGCCUAUCUCCUUUGUAAAACUGUACCUUCCAAUGUCAGUUCCUAGUCUAGCUAGCUGCCUUUAGAUGAGUUAUGAAACAGGCAUGGAGUAAUUUAAUUAAUACAGAGAUAUAUGGGGCAUUGUGUUGGGUUAUCCAGCAGUUAUCAGGAGAGUGUUACUGUUCUCUACCUGAGUAAAUAUCACAACUGUAGGCCCUGAGCGAAAAGAUAAUCUGAGAAUCUGUCCACAAGGGAAGUAGGCCUGGGUCCAGCUUUGUUAAAUUAAGUAAUUUCCCAAGGACACAAUAGAAGAAGGUGCUUUGAGGAACUUGGCUAGAUGAUAUGAGGGACUAGUUGCUCUUUUUGGGCUGGGAAAAGAAAUGCUUGUAGGAUCUUGAAACUCCUUGCAGAGUUGUUACUUGGGUAAUUUAGAAACAAGGUGAAAGAAUUUUUUUGAGCUCUGUUUAAACUUCUGACAAACUUGUGCUAUGAUCUCUGGAAAAAGCCAGUUUGAUAGUUCGACAUCAGGAAUCUGGUGCAGUGGUUUUUAUGCUCAAAGGGGGCUUGUUUGAUCAAGGCAUAAACGUUGGUUAUGUGAAGUCUGUGGCUAGCAUGGUACAAUAUCCUAUGUAUGGUAGCUGGGUUCAGACACUUUUAGCAAUUUAGUUUCAGCAUCACUUUGUAUCUUCUGUGUUGCUAAUCUUAAAAGGAAUGCUUAAUAAAAUAAUAAUAAUAAA